UGAGCCGUGCUGGUAAACCAUUUCCCAUGACCAAGGAUCAUGUUGCCAGCUGUCCGAAGGAAAGAGAGCGCGUAAUAAAAGCUGGAACUGAAGUAAAAUGGCAAAUAGAUACGUGGCGUGUGGGUACAGCUGCUCUUCAGGUCACAAGGUCAAUUGGUGAUGAUGAUCUCAAGCCAGCAGUCACAGCACAACCUGAGGUUAUUGAAACUGCUUUGUCAGAUGAUGAUGAGUUCCUGGUGAUGGCUAGUGAUGGCCUGUGGGAUGUGGUAAGCAACGAGGAUGUGCUGUCAAUAAUCAAGGACACAGUAAAAGAGCCUGGAAUGUGCUCCAAGAGGCUGGCUACAGAGGCUGCAGAGCGCGGCAGCAGCGACAACAUCACUGUCAUCGUUGUGUUCCUUCGCCCUGUCUCCACAGCUGAGCGAAUAUACUGAGUGACCACCAAAACUCUUGCUCAUGCUAUCAGCUCACUAUUUUUUAGUUAAAUUUACAUCGGUACAGAA